AUGAACUUUCUCAAAUGGGCCGUCGUUCCAGUGGCGAUCUUCUCAAUUUUGAACUUUUUAUUCUACUACUGGCUUCCUUCUCACUAUGUAUUUGAUAAGCAUGUCUUACAGAGACUCUCACAAGAGUCCAUUGCUGAUCAUCCAGAUGGUAACGUUACCGCUAUCUUUUAUGAGCUCCAGCAAAAAUUAAGUGAAGAAUAUGGUUCUGACCUCAUCAAUGAUUUUAAUACCGAUGACUGGUUCUUCAACAAUGCCGGAGGUGCUAUGGGACAGAUGUUUAUUCUCCAUGCAUCAAUUACCGAGUACGUUAUUUUCUUCGGUACCGCUGUUGGAACCGAGGGACAUUCUGGUGUUCAUUUCGCGGACGAUUACUUUACCAUCUUGAAAGGUCACCAAUAUGCUGCACUUCCAAAUCAAUUUGAGCGAAGCGAAUUUUCCCCCGGCGACCAACACCACAUGCCCAAGGGUGUUAGAAAGCAGUACGGAAUGGAGCCAGAAUCUUAUGCUAUAGAGUUGGCUCAGGGUUGGAUUCCCGCCAUGCUUCCAUUUGGCUUGUUGGACUUGUUCACCUCUACUGUAGACUUGCAGACUUUAUAUGAGACCGUUUGGUUUACUGCUAAACAUAUGGUAAAGAAUUUACUCUACGGGAAGUUUUGA